CCUCUGGGUGGGAGGGAGCCACGGUUAGUGGCUGAAAACACGGAGGGGAUUACAUUUCACAGAUCUUACUGCACCCCCUCUCCUGCUCCUCUCUCCAGAACCAUGACCUUGGACUCCCCCAGGAAAGGCCUUCUGAUGCUACUGAUGGCCUUGGGCUUGAACCAGGGUGACCCUGUGAAGCCCUCUCGGGGCCCACUGGUGACCUGUACGUGUGAGAAUCCACAUUGCAAGGGGCCUACCUGCCAGGGGGCCUGGUGCACCGUAGUGCUGGUGCGGGAGGAGGGCAGGCACCCCCAGGAACAUAGGGGCUGCGGGAACAUGCACCAGGAGCUUUGCAGGGGGCGCCCCACUGAAUUCGUCAACCACUACUGCUGCAACAGCUCCCUCUGCAACCACAAUGUGUCCCUGGUGCUGAAGGCCACCCCAACUCCGGAGCAGCCGCAAGUAGAUGGCCAGCUGCCUCUGAUCCUGGGCCCUGUGUUGGCCUUGCUGGCCCUGCUGGCCCUGGGUACCCUGGGCCUGUGGCAUGUCCGGCGGAGGCAGGAGAAGCAUCGGGGCCUGCACAGCGAGCUGGGCGAGUCCAGCCUCAUCCUGAAGGCAUCUGAGCAGGGGGACAGCAUGUUGGGGGACCUCCUGGACAGCGACUGCACCACGGGCAGUGGCUCGGGGCUCCCCUUCCUGGUGCAGAGGACAGUGGCGCGGCAGGUCGCCCUGGUGGAGUGCGUGGGCAAAGGCCGCUAUGGUGAGGUGUGGCGAGGCCUGUGGCAUGGUGAGAGUGUGGCCGUCAAGAUCUUCUCUUCAAGGGAUGAACAGUCCUGGUUCCGGGAGACUGAGAUCUACAAUACAGUGUUGCUCAGACACGACAACAUCCUAGGCUUUAUCGCCUCGGACAUGACUUCCCGCAACUCGAGUACGCAGCUGUGGCUCAUCACACACUACCACGAGCAUGGCUCGCUCUAUGACUUUCUGCAGAGACAGACGCUGGAGCCUCAGCUGGCCCUGAGGCUAGCUGUGUCCGCGGCUUGCGGCCUGGCGCACUUGCAUGUGGAGAUCUUCGGCACGCAGGGCAAACCCGCCAUUGCCCACCGUGACCUCAAGAGUCGCAACGUGCUGGUCAAGAGCAACCUGCAGUGUUGCAUCGCGGACCUGGGCCUGGCUGUGAUGCACUCCCAGAGUAGUGAUUACCUGGACAUUGGCAACAACCCUCGAGUAGGCACCAAACGGUACAUGGCCCCAGAGGUGCUGGACGAACAGAUCCGUACCGACUGCUUUGAGUCCUACAAGUGGACUGACAUCUGGGCCUUUGGUCUGGUGCUGUGGGAGAUCGCCCGCCGGACCAUUGUCAAUGGCAUUGUGGAAGACUACAGGCCACCCUUCUAUGAUGUGGUACCCAAUGAUCCCAGCUUUGAGGACAUGAAAAAGGUGGUGUGUGUUGACCAGCAGACCCCCACCAUCCCCAACCGGCUGGCUGCAGACCCGGUCCUCUCAGGCCUGGCUCAGAUGAUGCGGGAGUGCUGGUACCCCAACCCCUCUGCCCGCCUCACUGCACUGCGGAUCAAGAAGACACUUCAGAAACUCAGCAACAGUCUGGAGAAGCCCAAAGUAAUUCACUAGCCACUGGCCUGAAACCUGACUCCCCUGGGCCUGCGGUGUGUGGGGGUGGGCGGUGGAUGGUGGUCUAUCUGGGUGGGGGUAGUGUGAGUGUUGUGCUGGAGUCGGGGGGUACCCCUCUAGGGGAAGGCUGUGCCUGCUCAGUUCAGCCCCUCAGCCCAUCCAGCCAAAAAUACUGCUGGGUUGAAACC